ACUCAGUUGCAGGAGCGGCGGACAACCUAUGCAACAAAAGCUGCUGCAGAGCCGAGCGACUGUCCGAGCGCUCAGCGGACAACAACACGGAGCCAGCGGCUUGACACGAACCCGGCGAGGUACAACUGCAGGGCUUGAGAUUGCAGCCUGGACCUAACGACGACGUCUCAUCGACAUUUAUGAAGCUUUCAAGGCCUUUUGAUUGAUCAGCCAAUCGAUGGGGAUUUUCAGAGGAGCUCCGCCCACCGUCGCCGCCUGCCCUCCUCCUCCUCCCCCCACCCCCAGCGGCCUCCUGCUCGCCCCCACCCACACCGCCAUCCAGCCCUCCAUACACAAAAUGACUCUGGAACUCACCGAAUGGUCUUCUAUAUGGAUUUUUACUGCUUGUAAUAGACAGUAAAGGAAAGGAGAAAAAAAAAAAAGAAAACGAGGAGGAAACCUCAAUGACAAAAAAGCCAUAAACACCUGCCACAUACACACACACAUACACACACACACACACAAACACACACACACGCACACGGACGCACAACACACUGUCAUACCAAAUAAAGCUGACACAGUUUUCCAGGCAGUAUCUCACACACCUGACAAAACGCACACGCAAAGAAAGCAAAUGCACAAAGUCACUCUUGGAAUGUACCGCUCACUCUUCCUGUGAAAUUCAACUGCUUCCUUUAUUUUUUUGGGAGAUUUUUCUACAAGCCUUGGGAAAAGCUGAUUUUUUUUUUUUCGAGGAGGAUUAACAAGUUUGAAGUUGCAGUGUUUUUUGUUUUUUUUUGGAGGACACCUUGUUUAGAGGACAGCUGAUUGAUUUAUUUUUUUUUUUGGUGGGGGGCUUUGUUUUCUUCACUGUAAAAGAUCUGGAAAUUUCGGAUCAGUUUUUCUUCAUUCAUUAAGCCUUUUGUUAAUUUUAGCAGGACCCAGUUUUAGAUAAACUUUAAUACCUCGCAUGCUGGGACACUAUCUGUUACAGUUCUUAUUCUAGUGUUAUUAGCACUCCAUCGUGUCUUGAGCACUUGACUAAUAGAUGUAAUAACUUUAUAACAACAGGUUGCAAUUCGUAACUUGUAAAGAUUGUAAUGAAGUUACUUCUAGGAAGUCACUACUAGUUUUAAAGUAACUCCACACAAGCAUUUUGUGGAAGCAGGGAAGUGUUGUUUUUUUUCCUCUCUGGUAAGCCACACAUCACUGCUCACAGAUUUGUGUACUCGAAGGGUGCGCUUGUUUUCUCGUCGCGUGCAUGCCCUCCACCAUGCCUCCCCAGAACACAGAGGCUGACGCUAUGCAGGUCGGAUCUCUGGUUGGCGGGGUCAACGCCAAAAACUCCACCGCAUCGGGCUCGGACGAGGAGAAAGGAGGAGCGGGAGGCGAGACGGAUGGAUCGGGAGGAGGCGGCGGCGGCGGCGGGGGAGGAGGAGGACGCAGAGGAGGAGAGGAGUCGGCAAGCGAAGGAUCCAUCGAAGGCAUCCCACUGAAGAGAUGGGUGAUGCACGGCGCCGUCAUGUUCGGCCGGGAGUUCUGCUACGCCAUGGAGACGGCGCUGGUCACGCCCGUACUGCUGCAAAUAGGUCUUCCAGAGCAGUACUACAGCCUGACGUGGUUCCUCAGUCCGGUCCUUGGCCUCAUGUUUACCCCUCUGAUCGGCUCGGCCAGCGACCGCUGCACUCUGCGAUGGGGCAGGAGGAGACCCUUCAUCCUGGCUCUCUGCAUAGGAACGCUGAUCGGAGUGGCACUGUUUCUGAACGGAUCUCUGAUAGGUCUGUCGCUGGGUGACGAGCAGGGGAGCCAACCAAUAGGAAUUGUUCUUACUGUGCUGGGAGUGGUGGUGCUGGACUUUUGUGCGGAUGCCACGGAGGGACCAAUCAGAGCGUACUUGCUAGACGUGGCAGAUACAGAAGAACAAGACAUGGCGCUCAACAUCCACGCCGCCUCUGCAGGUCUUGGCGGCGCCGUUGGCUACGCUCUCGGAGGUUUAGACUGGACACACACUUUCCUCGGAGCGGCCUUCAAGUCCCAGGAGCAGAUCCUGUUCUUCUUUGCCGCCAUCCUCUUCUCCGUGUCCGUGGUGUUGCAUCUCUUCAGCAUCGAAGAGCAGCAGUACUCGCCGCAACACGACAGGCUUGACCAGGAGAGUCCAGGACCCAACCACUUGCAACCAUCCGCCAAUGGCAGGACUGGACUUCUCGCCCCCAAGCUGGAAAUGAUCGGAGAGGAUGAUACGAUAGAGAGCUACGACCUCUAUGACCCCUAUGAGGACGACCAGUCAGAGCGUGGAGACAUGGACAUGGACUUCCUAGAGGUGGAGCUCGUGAGAAGCAAAAGCGACAGCGUUCUCGCCAUGGCGGACGCGACUCUCGACCACCUGGACCACGAUGCGUUGUUCUUGUGCCACAUCGAGCCCUCCAUCUUCGCCGACCGCCUCUCGCCCUACCACGGCUCGCCUCCCACAGCGGCUUCCUUCUUCAACCACAAUCACAGCUCUCCGCCUCUCCGGCUCGCCAAUAUCAGACGCAGCAGCAGCACGGGGAGUCAGGACCUGCUCCGCCCCCAGAACAGCAACCACCAAACGAACGCUCCCAAAAUUUCCCGCCUCUCGGCUUUCUUGCAAGAAAUGGAGAACGACGACGGGCAGGAGGCGCUGCUGAACAAUCAGCUCAAUGAGCAGCGGACACUGAAUGGGCGGCUGCUAGCCAGCGUAACUAACGCCGACAGGAUUGGCGGCAACAGGUUGAGCUCUAAAGGACAAGCACACCGAGCUGGAAUGGUCAAAGCUGCCAGUACUGGAGCUCCCAUGCGACAGUCGCGCCACCGCCACACCUUCUACCGCCAGCCGUCCUGCACUUUCUCCUACUACGGCCGCGUGGGAAGCCACCGCUACCGCUACCGCCGGGCCAACGCCGCGUUCCUCAUCAAGCCGUCUCGCAGCAUGAACGACCUGUACGAGGUGGAGGCCAGACACCGGAGGAGGAGCCGACAGAGGAACAGGCACCGCAGCGGAAACACCAACUCAUCCAGCGGAGACACGGAGAGCGAGGAGGGCGAGGUUGAGACCACCGUCCGGCUGCUGUGGCUCUCCAUGCUGAAGAUGCCUCCAGAGCUGCUGCGACUGUGCGCCUGCCACCUGCUCACCUGGUUCUCCAUCAUCGCCGAGGCCGUCUUCUUCACCGACUUCAUGGGACAAGUCAUCUACCAUGGAGAUCCUACGGCUCCUGCUAACUCCACCUUACUGGAAAAUUACCACAGAGGAGUGCAAAUGGGAUGCUGGGGCCUGGUUAUCUACGCCAUGACUGCUGCGACGUGCUCGGCUGUUCUCCAAAAGUAUCUGGACAACUUUGACCUGAGCAUCAAAGUCAUCUACAUCUUGGGGACGCUUGGAUUCUCCAUAGGAACUGCUAUCAUGGCAAUCUUCCCUAAUGUGUAUGUUGCCAUGGUGAUGAUCAGCAGCAUGGGCAUCAUCUCCAUGAGUAUCUCCUACUGUCCUUAUGCUCUGCUGGGACAAUAUCACGAAAUGAAAGAGUACAUCCAGCACAGUCCUGGAAACUCCCGCAGAGGCUUCGGGAUAGACUGUGCCAUCUUAUCCUGUCAGGUGUACAUCAGCCAGAUAUUGGUGGCCUCUGCUCUGGGCGCUGUGGUGGAAGCGGUGGGCAGCGUUCGUGUCAUUCCCAUGGUGGCCUCUGGGGGCUCCCUCCUCGGAUUCUUCACUGCCUGCUUCCUGGUCAUUUACCCAACUCCAAACAACGGGGACGGAGAAUCAGCCAAAGCUUCAGAGAAACGAGCCUUGACGAAGCUGGAAAAUCCCAAGAGCAGCGACGGGCCCGUUACCGUGGUGAUAGAGAAACCGAGCUUCCUGAAACUCAACAAGGAGGGCAAGGCGACCACAACCACCACUUCUGGUCACACGGACAACGAGUCUGCGCUGUGAUCGGCUCGUCGGGUUGACGGACACGUUGCUGCAGAAACAACUACAUUUACUUUUAACGUCACUGCUGUUGGGGGAAAAAAAUAACAAAACACAUGAAGAUGUGCCUCCAUCAUCGUCAUGCAGGAGUUUCCAGACACAAAGAAGAGAAAGGAGGGCAGGCGGUUUGGUCCUCUCUGGGUGUCUGUCCUGGCUUCAACAGGUUUUUUUUUUUCUGAUUCUUGUGAUUUGCUGAAGAAUACAACUCAAUCUAUCUGCUGUGGGACCACAUCAGACCAACUUAUGCUACAAAAAUCCCUCUGGUCCCAGCGCUGUUUUCAGCUGUCAACGAAAUUCCUUCCACUUCGCCCUCACGGACGUUUGAUGGAUCCGUCAGGGUCGUCCAGGAGUGAGUGACUGAUUAAAGAGAGCUUGUUUCUGUCUCUCAGGGCCUCUGGGAGGUGCUUCUGAGCAGCCGCCUGGACAGGAAACUUCAGGGUGACUCACAUAUAUAUACAUACAAACCUUUACACGCACACACCUCUUCGUCUGGGGGGGUCAAACGAACACCUGAAUAAUGAACACUGUUGAUGAACAUUCGUCCUUGAAGCUGCAAUCAUUGAAAAAUGCUGAAAAUCGUUUCUUCCUCGCCGUGGAAUCUGCUUGAUCGAAUCUUCGCUUCGUGAUUGACGGAAGCCGACUGACGUGUGCCGACUUGGCGUCUCCGGCGGAGGCGCCGCGUUCACCAAAAUAAAACAACGCACUUGGCUUUUGCGGGACUUUUACAGCACUCUGCGACAGUAGCUUUAAGACUCUUGAGACUUUUGGAAGUGGCAUUUCUAAAAGAAAAAAAAACAAACAGACUGUGAGCCUGAAAGCCUGGUUCCAAGGGGGAAGUUAUUGAGUGGCCCCAAAUUGACUGCAGGUGUUUUGCUUUUGGCCUCCUUCGUUUGGCAGGAGCGCCAAAUUCUUUAAUUUAGCCUUCGUCGCAGGAAAAAGAUGACAAUAUCUGAGAGGGUCGGCUCGGAAAUGUCGAGCUUGAGAAUAAUGUUGCCUGUAUAUUGAUAUUCAGGAAAGUACAGAUGUUUAUUGGGUGAAAGUCCACAUCAGAAAGAGCGUAGAUGCAAUGUGUGCCGUAUACGGGGCAUUACAAUCCCAAAUAUUCUGUUCAUGCUAUACUGAGCACCCACCAUGAUGUUUGUGUUGAAUAAUCAGACUAACCUACAUGCUGCAGAGAGACAAACCAAACAGCAGAGGAGAAGAGAAGAGUCGUUCUCUUUCUCUCUGCUUUUGCGUUUUUGUUCGUUUGAAAAAAAAAACUUGCUGUUAGCACAACGUUUGUCACCGACUGCACAAGAGCUGAGCCGUUGUUAGAAAAAAGAAAUGUUACAGUGUUCAGUUAGAAAAUGUAAAAAUUCCCUGCGUUGGUGUUGGAUUGACACCAGCAGGACGGAGCUUCCCGACACUCCAGUAGAACCAGUAACAGUCUGGGAUGGAGACUCAGAAUAUUACAAAUUUGAGGAAACUUGAUGUUUCCGAGGCUCAUGUGGUAGAAGAGAGGAAAGCAAACUUUUGUGUUGAGAUGUUUGAAUCCGCAGUUGCAGGAUUGUUGUUUGAGCUUCAGCUGGAGGAUUUAUGGUCCUGCUGUCUUUCUUUUUUUUCCACUUUAAUGGGCCAAAUACAAUCAGUAGAGAGAAGCAGAAUGGAGUAUUUUAGAUGUUUGUGUGUCUGGAUGGAUGUCCAACAGAAGAGAGAGGGACGAGGAACAAGCUCAGAGGAGGACAGGAGGACUGUUUUCACUUUAAAUAAGGCAGCAUCUAGCGGUGGUUAAUUGAGCAUAAAAACUGGAAAUAAGGAGAUGGCAAGUCCACAUGUUCCAUCACCUCGUUUUAUUUUUGUAUAUAAUGACAUAUAAUGUGGGAAUUAGUGAGUUAUUGAGAUGCCCACAGGUGGAGGUGGAGUACAAACCUAUUUGAGCUUUUUUUCUUAUGUUUCCAGUCUUUGUGCUAAGCUAAGCUAAGCUAAGCUAACCAGCUGCCAGCUCACAUGACACAUAAAUGGGAGCGGGAUCAAUCUUCUCAUCCAAAGCUUGGCUACAAAUUUAUUUUUAAACUUUACGAUUCAAUUCAAUACAAAUUUACGCUCUUAAGAAUAAAUGAUCAGACUUCCCACACAAAUAAAACUUAACAUUAUUUCUGGAUCAGCUUAGUUUAAUUGAAGCGUGAUGUUUCUGAUUCUCAAUUUUUGCAUCUCCAACUUGAAAGCGGCUGCUGAGGGCGAGAAACGGCAGCAGCAGCAGGAACGUGAUGCGGAAGUAAAACCGCUGAGUUUAGCUUUACCCGGUUAACAUCAGUGCGCGGUGGGGAGGCUGAUAAUCACGAAAGCAUUAACGCAGAGAGGACACGUAUGGGUUGUAUAAAACUAACCUCUGGAUAGUACUUACUGAUAUUAGGUGUACAGUGAUGACGUUAGAUGAAUCUUUCGAAUGUUUCCUUAACAAACGAUGCUGGAUGUGUAAAAAAACGAACUUGAAAGACGAGACAUGAUGUAGUUUGUUUUCUGACAAAUCAGAUCUUUAGUUGCAAUAGCGGCCCCCUGUUAAUCAGCCGGGGAGGGGACUGUGGGAGGAGCAGGGUCGUAUGAGGUGGCGAAAUCCUUCACCAGUGGGUUUUUUUUUUUUCUUCUCCUGCGUCUGUCGGGGUGAGAGGUCGUGGAUUUGGGUCAGUUCUCCUUUCAGCUCUAUCGGCUGAAACGUGCUACUUGAAAGGAAGAGAAAUUUAAACUGCGGCGGGAUGACUCACUGACAGACGAACAUUUUUAUUCAAAGCAGUUUGAGGAGAAGCUUUUUUUUUUUAAUCAGAGGUUUUAGAGGAGAGUUCACUCACUGAUGAUGGUUUUUUUCACCUUGUUUGGUGCAGAGUUUAACCCUUUUAUUUUUUGUUAACAAAUUAGAUUCCUUCCAUCUUUUCAGGUACAUUCAGUCAGUCCCAGAGCAGCACAGAGCAGAGAGAAAGUGUUUCGCUUCCUGGGUUAAUCCUGCUCUGGCUGUGGGACAAAUAAAAGCAGGGAUGGGACGCUGACAGAAGACAAGGAGGUACAGAAGCCAGAGUUUUAAAUGGUCUCUGUAACCACGAGGGCAAUAACAUAUUCUGGAUAAAAAAAGUGGAUACACAACUUCAGUUUAAGUAAAAAAAUAUAUAUAUUUAAAAAAACACACAAAAAAACAAGCUUUGGGUUUGGGAGGUAUGCAUGCGACAACAGCGAUAUGCAUGUGUGGGACACCAAAGUAUGACUCUGUACAAAUCACUCGAGCUCUUUUCUUUAUUGUCCUUAUAGGUCAGGGAUGUGUUUUCUAAUGCAUGGCUGGAUGUUUGUGUCUUUUUGUUUAAAACUUAAAUGUGUAAAAAAAACAAACAAACAAAAAAACAUGUACUCUUUAAGCUGAAGCGUUGUGCUCGGUCUGGGUCAGUACACUCUCAACAAGCAUGUGAGUUUUCUACAUUUUUGCACAUUUACGAGUUAAGCUUCGGACGCUGUUCAUCCUGUCGCCGUUCAACACGGCACCCACACCGAUGGGAGGUGUUGAAACGCAUUCAGAGAUGAGACGCGUUGUCGUCCUGAGCGACGCUCCUCGUUCAAAGUGUAGGCGAGAAACUCCAGGCCGCAAAUACUUGAAGUGCAACUUGAGUGUUUCUGUUCCAAUGCAGUGAGAAAGUCUUUGAGUUCUGGGUUCUUCUUCUUCUUCUUUUUUUUUUUUUUUGUUCUUAAUGUCCCAAGCCUUUUUACCGUAGACUCUGGAAUGUUCAGACAGCACGGCCGCCUGCUCGGCAUGCUGGGAGAUUGAGUUCUUAACUUUUGAUUCCAUCUGGUGACUUAAAAUCUUCUUUAAAAAAAACAAAACAAAAGUCAAUGAAUGUGAGUUGAUAUUUGUCGAAAUCAUUUUUAUUUUGAUGUUCGACAAGCCAGGGUGGGGGUCCUGACGUUGCACAGAACUUGCACAUGAUAAGUUUAAAAAAAAAACAAAACAAGAAAAAAACAGUAGUAUGUUGCAAAAGGAAGAAAAAAAAAUAACUGUGGAUAUUUAUUUUUUUGAGCUUUCUUGUCUUGUAAAAGACACUUUUCACUUAGUUUCCAAAAGAUUAAAUUUAAGCUAUUCUAUUUGCUGUUACGGGAGAUGUUACAGAAGUGAACUGGACUGUGUGUGUGUGUGUGUGUGUGCGUGUGUGCGUGCGUGUGUGUGUGUGUGUCUGUGUGUCUGUGAGUGUGUGUGUCGUCUCACAGCCGUAAAGCAAAAGACAAGAGUGUGUUAAAACUGUCAUCUCAGUGUUCACUUUUUGGUUCUUGUUCUCUGUUCUUUGCAAUCACCUGGUUUACACUUAACUCUGGAAUCGCUGGCUGCAAUACUGGAAGUUAUUUACGAGUCUUCUUGUCUCUGUUCUGGUGUUUUUAAUUCAACUAGAAAAUGUCUUUUUUUUUGGAAUUUGUUCUUUGAAUUUUUUAGGCAGAGCCACACACAGGGGUUUGGGCCUUUUGCACUUUUUCAGUGGCGGCCAUUUUGGCUCCACCGUCCUGAUCACUGAAUGAAUGUGGAGGUGAUGCUGUUUCACGUUUCCAGCUGUCAGCCAUGCAGUUAGUCCAACCUGCCCCAGCUCUGAGUGUGUGUGGCUCUGCCUCCUGUCAACUGUGUGUUCACGGCGGAGGAGAGAGAGAGAGAGAGAGAGAUGCCUAUAUACUUUGAUUUUCAUAGAGAUUAAAUCAAGAAGAAUACUUAAAGAAUGGGAAAGCAAAUAUACGCAGUGUACUAUAUAUAAUAUGCCUUGUUAUUUGGAAAAAAAAAAACAAAAAAGAUGUAAAUAUACAUAUUUCUCUUUUAGUUUCUUCUUUUUUGCUGCUAUAAAAAAGAUGAUUAUUUUUGUUAGUAGUUUUGUUUUCUAUAUAAAGUCUGUAUAUAUCUCUAUGUUAUGUAAAUAUGCUUGAGCCUUCAUAUGUAGGACUCUGGAUGAACACUGUAUGGAACGCACCUUUAAAAUCUGUUCAGAAGUAAACCAA